AAUGAGAGAGCGAAGCACUGAGCGGAAGUACCUAAACUACAUCCGUUUUGAUGUUUAUGUACACGCAGAGUUGCUGCAUUUUCUCCUUAAACAUCUAAAGUAUAUUCCUUAUUUCUCAUCUGAAGUGUUGUUGUUUUGUGGAUGAUGGAUAUCCUCAAAGCGGAGAUCGCGCGGAAAAGAAAACUGUUGGAGGAGAAAGAUCUGGUGGAUGGGUCAAAGAAAUACUUCAAACGAGCUGAUCUGGCUCGUAAGGAAGAAGAAGAUUAUUACAAGAGAAGUGGAUACAAGGUUGCUAAUGAACAGCCUAUGCGACAGCUGGACAACAAUGAUGAGAAGCAGCUCCCAUCUACAUCAGCCAAUCCCGUGUUAGAACUGGAGCUGUCGGAGGAGAAGCUACCAAUGACGCUUUCUCGACAGGAGGUCAUCAGACGUCUAAGGGAACGCGGUGAGCCGAUCCGUCUGUUUGCUGAAUCUGAUUAUGAUGCUUUCCAGAGACUCCGCAAGAUUGAAAUUCUAGCACCAGAAGUGAAUAAGGGUUUGAGGAAUGACUUGAAGGCUGCCAUGGACAAGAUCGAUCAGGAGUAUUUGAAUGAGAUUGUGGGUGGAGAAGUCGGCGAGGUGGACACACAACAUGAUCUGAAAGUGCAUGAAGAAAACACCACCAUUGAGGAGCUGGAGGCUCUGGGAGCAUCUCUUGGCACAGGUAAUGAUGUCAGAGACAUGGACAUCAUUGAUAAAGUGUUAAGGUUCUUGCUGGGCGUGUGGGCCAAAGAUCUUAACGGCAGAGAGGACCAAGUUAAACGUAGCGUGCAGGGCAAGCUCGCCAGUGCCACCCAUAAACAGACCGAAUCGUAUUUAAAACCACUUUUCAGAAAACUGCGCAAGAAGAAUUUAUCAGAAGACAUUAAGGAGUCCAUCACAGACAUUAUAAAGUUCAUGCUGGAAAGAGAAUACGUAAAGGCAAAUGAUGCUUAUCUGCAGAUGGCUAUAGGAAACGCCCCAUGGCCCAUCGGUGUGACCAUGGUGGGCAUCCACGCUCGUACGGGACGUGAGAAGAUCUUUUCCAAACACGUAGCCCACGUGCUCAACGAUGAGACCCAGAGAAAAUAUAUCCAGGGUCUGAAAAGAUUAAUGACAAUCUGUCAGAAACACUUUCCAACGGAUCCUUCCAAGUGUGUGGAGUACAAUGCUCUGUGACACAGCAUUGUGUUGUAAAAUGGACACUUGUUGCUUUCUGACUCUUUGUAAAUAUGUUAUUGACUGUAAAUAUACCCUAAUCUUGAGAAUGUA